UUUCGCGGUCGUGUCGUGAAAACCACCGCUAAACCUAAACCAAAAUGGGAAAGGAAAAGACUCAUAUCAACAUCGUCGUCAUUGGACACGUAGAUUCGGGCAAGUCUACCACUACUGGUCAUCUGAUCUACAAAUGUGGUGGGAUCGACAAAAGAACUAUCGAAAAAUUUGAGAAGGAGGCUGCUGAGAUGGGAAAGGGCUCCUUCAAGUAUGCCUGGGUCUUGGAUAAACUGAAAGCCGAACGUGAACGUGGUAUCACCAUUGAUAUCUCCCUGUGGAAAUUCGAGACCAGCAAGUACUAUGUGACCAUCAUUGAUGCCCCAGGACACAGAGACUUUAUCAAAAAUAUGAUUACAGGCACAUCUCAGGCUGACUGUGCUGUCCUGAUCGUUGCUGCUGGUGUUGGCGAAUUUGAAGCAGGUAUCUCCAAGAAUGGGCAGACCCGUGAGCAUGCCCUUCUGGCUUACACACUGGGUGUAAAACAACUUAUUGUCGGUGUUAACAAAAUGGAUUCCACUGAGCCACCCUACAGCCAGAAGAGAUACGAGGAAAUCGUUAAGGAAGUCAGCACCUACAUUAAGAAAAUUGGCUACAACCCCGACACCGUAGCAUUUGUGCCAAUUUCUGGUUGGAAUGGUGACAACAUGCUGGAGCCAAGUGCUAAUAUGCCUUGGUUCAAGGGAUGGAAAGUCACCCGUAAAGAUGGCAAUGCCAGUGGAACCACACUGCUUGAAGCUCUGGAUUGCAUUCUGCCACCUACUCGUCCAACUGACAAGCCCUUGCGUCUGCCCCUCCAGGAUGUCUACAAAAUUGGUGGUAUUGGUACUGUCCCUGUGGGUCGAGUGGAGACCGGUGUUCUUAAGCCAGGCAUGGUGGUCACUUUUGCUCCAGUCAAUGUUACAACUGAAGUAAAGUCUGUUGAAAUGCACCAUGAAGCUUUGAGUGAGGCUCUACCUGGGGACAACGUGGGCUUCAAUGUCAAGAACGUAUCUGUCAAAGAUGUUCGUCGUGGCAAUGUGGCUGGUGAUAGCAAAAAUGACCCACCAAUGGAAGCAGCUGGCUUCACAGCUCAGGUGAUUAUCCUGAACCAUCCAGGCCAAAUCAGUGCCGGAUAUGCACCUGUGCUGGACUGUCACACAGCUCACAUCGCCUGCAAGUUUGCGGAGCUGAAGGAGAAGAUUGACCGUCGUUCUGGAAAAAAGCUGGAAGAUGGUCCCAAGUUCUUAAAAUCUGGUGAUGCUGCCAUCGUUGAUAUGGUUCCUGGCAAGCCCAUGUGUGUUGAGAGCUUCUCUGACUAUCCUCCUCUGGGCCGUUUUGCUGUUCGUGACAUGAGACAGACGGUUGCUGUGGGUGUCAUCAAAGCAGUGGACAAGAAGGCAGCUGGAGCUGGCAAGGUCACCAAGUCUGCCCAGAAAGCUCAGAAGGCUAAAUGAAUAUUAUCCCCAAUACCUGCCACCCCAGUCUUAAUCAGUGGUGGAAGAACGGUCUCAGAACUGUUUGUGUCAAUUGGCCAUUUAAGUUUAAUAGUAAAAGACUGGUUAAUGAUAACAAUGCAUCGUAAAACCUUCAGAAGGAAAGGAGAAUGUUUUGUGGACCAUUUGUUUUUUUUGUGUGUGGCAGUUUUAAGUUAUUAGUUUUUAAAAUCAGUACUUUUUAAUGGAAACAACUUUGACCAAAAAUCUGUCACAGAAUUUUGAGACCCAUUAAAACAAAAGUUUAAUGAGAAACCCGUGUCUUCUUUUGGUCAACACUAUAAGCUUGUACUAUUCAGGUAAAAAGAUUGAGUUGCCCAUAACCUAUUCCUGGUGUUAACAUCUGGUGAAACUGAGAAUUGGGUUAAGGUUUUUUUCCCCCCCCUGGGCUGGGAAACAUUUUUACCACCUCAGGGAAAAGAAACAAGUACAUAGAGGUAUGGGAAAAGGGGAUCUGCAACACAGUUUAGAACAGUAACACCAUUAAGGUAGGUUAUAAAAAGUUGAGUUUUGUAAAUCAAAGUCAAGGUGUAAAAUUUGUAUAGUAUCACUAUUGAGUAGACUUGAUACAUUGUCACAAUUGAGUUUCCUUCCCACUUACUGGAAUGCUUUGUCACAUUUAUAAAUCUUGUAGUUUAAAGUAUCCCGAAAGGUGAGGCAUUCAAUAACGUUAUUGUAUUUAAUGGUAGAGUUCAUUGUGUCCAAACUGUAGGAGAACAAAGUAUAUACUGGAAUUUUAAUGUCACUUGAGAACUAGAAAUCCUCCAGUAGGAAUUUUCAUCUAAGCCAAGCUUGAGUGAAGAAGGGACAUUGCUGCACUGGAGAUUUAAAACCCAAAGUGGCAGUACUCAGCCUAAAUGAGGACCUGUUUUGGACUGUAGGGUAAGCUUUGUUUUUAGUUGAACAUGUUUUGAGAUUUUGCUAAAAGUGUCCUUCCAAAAUUGUUACCUAAGGAGAAGCAAUAAAAGAAUGACCAUUUGAAGUUCAUUUGAUGGACGGGAUGGAAAGUGAAGAGCUCGUUAAACCCCACUGUGGUAAUUUUGUAAUUUAUAUAAACUGUAUGUAGACUGGUAAAUUAACAGUACUUUGGUUGACAACAACAUGGUCUUAAGUUCUUGCCUUUGGAUAGCUGGCAACUCUCAACACUGGUGCAUUUGAUAAAACAUUCCAUGGAUCCUGGCUAAUUUGGACAUUAAUUUCAUAAGAUCCUAUUUGAUCUGUAAAUUUUAAGUUGCUUUGAAAUAGGCAAAAUCACAGGACACCUUGUAUUUUAUAAUGCAGACAUUAACUAAGUAGAAUGUAUCUAAGAACUUAUUGGCCAUAAUGAGAACUGCAAUUAAAAUAUUUUUUUUCUAAACUAGGUAAAAUGCUUCGUCUCUGGGCAGUAUUACCAGAGGCAUUGUAAAUUAAAAAUUAAUAAGACUUUGUCUCCACAGCUCCAAAACACCCAUUAUUUUUUCCCUCUUAUUUGUAAAAAUAUGUUGAUUACUAUUGCUUUAAGAUAAGGAGUGGAGAUAGGUAAGAUUCUUAAACAGCAUGUUGAUAAACGGUAGCCAGUAUAAGAAAUCUUGUGUACUAGGAGGGAUUUAUUGUUCACCCCUCCCACCCCACCACCCCACCCCAAAAAUCACUUAGCUUCAGAAAAUGGCUACCACUAAAUGGAGAAAGGGAAGUGGAAAUAGUGUCCAGAAAAGCUGGGCCAGUUGGGAUACUUAACUACAUAGAAUCCAAUGCAAUAUAGCCCUGUGAAGGCAGUCAUCUGUUUUGAGCACCAUCUACUGGUAGUCCUGCAAAUAAUUUACAAACUGGUUUCAAAAAUGAGUCUGUAAAUUGAGAAUAAAGAAGUUUACUUUAGCUCUGUUGAACUUUAUGUACUAAUUGCAUUGUUCGGAUUGAUUAAAAUUAAGAGUGGUUUCGUAAAA